AGCGGCUUCAUGCGAUGACAUCACUUUUCCUCAACCCAAACACGCCACAGAGGAGCGACGACGGCGACGGUGGGGAGGAGGAGAAAUGAGCCCGGCGACGGCGGCGGGAGCUUCUCUCCUUUUCCAUGUCAGCCCCAUCGGCGUCGACGAACCUCCCAAGAAAAUGAGCUGGUUGCUUCUGCCGUCGGGAGAGCGAGGCGGCGCGGUCUGACGCCAGAGUGACGGCGCCAAAGGGGGAACGGAAACCACAGGUGCCGUCCACCGGCGUCUGCGUUCAACGCGAAUGCGAGCGCCGCCAAAAAGUGGAUUCCCGAGCUCUCGUUGGCGGCGUCAGAAUUGCCGGCCCGUCCGGCGUUGCAGAUGACAAGCAUGGCGGCCGAGGCGCAGCGCCGAGGGAGCGGCCGCGACUUUGGCCCGGACGACGAGGCGGACGCAGAGUCGUACAUGGAGGACAACGGCGGCGAGCUCGCCGUGCGGCUCAGGGAGCUGGAGGCGGAAAAUUCGGCCCUGAUGCUGGCCAACGAGAGUCAGAGAGAAGCGUACGAGAGGUGCCUGGACGAGGUGGCCAACCACGUGGUCCAAGCGCUGCUCAAUCAGAAGGAUCUGAGGGAAGAGUGCAUCAAGUUGAAGAUGUUGGUGUUCGACCUGGAGAAGCAGAACCGAGCCCUUUGUGAGCUUUUUCAGCAGAAGCUGCCCGACCAUCCCGCCGCUCACUACCAGGUGCGGGCGGGACCCCUCCCGGAUGACGACGCGCAGCCGGCCCAUGACUCCGCCCCGCAUUCGGAGGCCGCUCAGACCCAAGCGCAAGCCAAGGGGGACGGCCGCUCCUCGCCGGGCCCUCGAAGCCCCGCCCCCUCCAUGGAGGCGCUUUCUCCUUUCUUCAAGAAGAAAGCCCGCAUCCUGGAAGUCCUGCGCAAGAUGGAGGAGACGGACCCCCUCAAGUUCCACCCGGUCACGGCCGGCCUGUCUUUCCGCGACUACGGCCGAGCGCUGGCGUCGGCCGAGGCCGCGCUGGCCGAGGCCGAGGCGCUCCGCCGCGAGUCGCGCCCCGCCCGCUGCCACUGCCCCCGACCCGACGCGCUCCGCCGCGUCAACGGGGACGGGGGGCGCACCUGCUGUUUCCACUGCAACGGGUGCCCGGAGGGAAGUCUGAAGCCGCGCGCCUGCGCCACCCGCAGCCGCAGUGCGCCCGCGGCCGACGGCUGUUGCGCCGAGCGCCGGGAGGCGGAGCGCGUUCCGCCGUCGGACGGCCCGCAACUGGAUGGCUUCUGUCCGGCCCCCGAGCUUGACCCCGAAGUCCCCGAGCCGGGCGACUCGAGGACGGGCCCCUCCCUCGACGGCGCCGAUCCGCCCGGCCCGAUUCCCUCCUGCCUCGGCGAGGUCAAAAGCGACUCGCCGUCCAAGCUGCUCAAGUUCCUGAAGAUCCCCCCCGCGGGGGACGGGCGCCAAGACUCGGGCCCCGCCGUCCGCCUCAGCCCCCAGCUCACCCGCAGCUCCAGGAUCCCCUGCCGCAGCAACAACUACGAGGUGUACCGCUCUCCCGUCCCCACCCGGCGAGCCACCACCACCGAGCGCUGCGGGCCGCCCCCGCCGCCGCCGCCCGCCAGGUCCGAAUCGUACCCCGCCGCUCGCUCUGCGCCGACGUCCCCCCCGCAAGCUGAUGCCGCCCACCCCGCGUCCGUGAAAGACGGCGAGAUUGCCGCUCGCCCCCCCGAGCCGGCUCGGGGCAUCCCGCAUUAUGAAAACGUCUGCGGGCUAUCGCCCGCUCACGCUCUGGAGAAAAGGUCCACCCUGCCCUCUCAAAGCAAAGGCGAGCGCAAGCUGGUCCAAUCGCUUCCCGAAAGCGUCCUUGUCCCACCCGCUCAAAAAAAGCACUCGUCGUCCUCCGCAUCCGAGUCGGCGUCGGAUGAUGACAACGACGAUGACGAUGACGUUCCGCUGUGGGCGAACCACCACAGCCUGCCCAACUCUUUGGCCCUGGGCCGCGCCCGCCCGCGCAUUCCGGAGGAGGAGGAGGAGGAGGCCGCCCGGCCGGCGCUUCCCGCCCGAAGGAACGACUCGUCCUCCAUCCCCAAGAGGCCCGCGGCCAAGUCGCAAGCCGAUUCCGGUCGCCACGCCUUCCAAGAGCGGCUGGCCGCGCUGGGUAAGCUGAGGAGCUCGGAGGAGGCGGACGCCGGCGACCCGAGGAAGACGGCCGAGAGGCGCGCCGCCGACGCCGAGCCCUCGGACGGGAGGCCCGGGCGCCCGGGCUCCGCUCAGCCCGGGCGCCCGGGCUCCUCUCAGCCAGCGUCCCGCGCGGGCGCCGACGGCGGGUGCCCCGGCUCGCUCCAUUUAGCCUGCGCGGCCAAAGGCGGGCCUCAGAGCGGCGGCGCUCCCAACAGAGUCCCGCCCAAGUCCCCGUCCAAACCCUGCGGGGGCCUCGGCAGAGCGGGCAAAGCCGCCGACGCCCCGCGCUACUCCUCCAAGUCGGAGGAGAGAGCCAAAAGGGGCGAGAGGAACCCGACGGCGGGGGACAGCCUCCCGCCGCCGCCGCCGCCUCCCCCCCGGCCCGCCGCGCCGGCGGAAGGCGAGGACCCGGCCCCCGCCCCCGCCCCCGCCCCGCGCUCGGCCAUCGAGCAGAAGGUGAUGCGGGGCAUCCGGGAGAACGCGCUGAAGCUGCAGGAGCCCGCCGAGGCCCGCCACAAGGCCUCCAACGGCAUCGCCGGCUGGUUCGGCCGCAAGAAGAGCAAGCUGCCCGCCCUGAGCCGCAAGGCGGACGGCGCCAAAGCGCGCGAGUGGAAGAUCAACAUCCCGUCGGCCGGCGGCAGGGGCCGCGAGGGCCUGGAGGGCCUCAACAUCUCCACGCUGAUGGAGAAGGCGGAGGGGCUGCGGCGGGCGCUGGAGGAGGAGCGGGCCUACGUGGAGAGGUCGGCCAGGGGGCGCUCCUGCGAGGUGCUGCUGGACCAGGCGCAGGGACAGCUGGCCGUCGUGUACCGGGGGGGCCGCUCCGACGGCUUCAUGCGCCAGCUGCUCAACAGAGUGGACGGCAAGGAAGAUGCGGGCGCGCCGCGGCGGAGGCUCUGCUUCGACCGCAAGACAGCCGGGCCCGUCUUCCCUCAGCAAAGCGACGCCGUCCUCGCUCAUGCCGGCGACGACGUGGAAACGGCGUCCCAUCGACUGGGCCAGAUCACGUCAGAUGAGAACCUGACGCAACGCUUUUCAGGUUCGGGCGCAUCCACCUACACGCUGGACAGCGGCAUCGGCACCUUCCCGCUCCCCGACGGAGGGGCGACCGGACGGGGGCCGUCCAAGAGCAGGGCCGAGCAGCGGCCCUCGGGCUCGCCGGGGAGGGCCGGCCGACGGGCCCGCACCUUGGACCGGGAGCCCGCGUCGCAGGACGACUGCGAGGCCGCGCGCAAGCGGGCCCUUCCCGACGCGCGACACCUCGCCAAAAUGGAGGCGAGAGGCUCGGCCGGCGUCCCCGGCGAAGACCAAGAGGCCCCGCCCGGGGCACGCGUGUUCUCCCCUCGCUCCAAGACGUGGACCUUCCCCAACCUCAAGACCCCGGCGGGACCCGCCGUGGAGUACCUGGCCGUGGAGGAGGAAGACCGGGAGGCGGCGACCUUCGGCACGCCCUUCAGAGCGGGCUCGAAGGCCGGCGGCCCGUCUUCCAGCCGCGCCGGCGAGCUCGGCGGCCCGCCCGCCCCGGCCCCGUCGGGACCCAGCCGCCGGGGGAAGACCCGCGCCCCCGCCGUGGCCGAGAUGAGCCGGGACGCCGGGCUGGAGCUGCUCAGGGAGCGGCCGGAGGAGGCGGCGUCACCGGGCCGGCCGCGGGUGCCGGAGACGCCCGAGUCCCUCAGCGACUCGCUCUACGACAGUCUGUCUUCCUGCGGCAGCCAGGGAUGAGCGGCCCCGCCCCCUCGCCGGGACGGAAACUCAAAAGCGCCCGAGGUCCGCGCCGGACUUCUCCUACCCGCCGAGAGCACAAGUGGCGGCAUCGUCGGGCUUCUUUUGUUGUUCUCAAGGGAACGAGGGGCGCUCCAAAAGUAAUCUGAAAUGUUUUCCCUCGGUUUGUCGGGGAAAAACUAAACUUUGACCACGCCAAGGCAUUUCAAGGUCAUGUCUACACGGCAGCAAUAAGAACAAAGAGAGAUGGCUCCGCCAGUCCACGAAUAUGACAAUUUAUUUAUUUUUCAAUGUACAUGGCUCUCAUCUUUUUGUAAGCUUUGGGUGAAAAUGGCUCCGUUUCGAAUGUCAACCCCGUCUCGCUGUUCAUCCUUUGGACGAGGGCUCCCCCCCGGCCGCCCCUUUUUCAACUUUCUAUUAAAAGCCUUUCAUUCAA